ACGUGGCACUCGUCAGUGCCCUAUAACCGGAUCAGUAUAAAGCUAAUACACGUCAGUUUUGCUGAGGUUAAUAUCAGUGCUUGUUUCUUACAAUAUAUUCAGACAUCAUCGAGCAAUUAUGGGGCUAACAAUCUCGUCGAUCUUUGAACGGAUGUUUGGCAAAAAGCAAAUGAGGAUUUUGAUGGUUGGGCUAGAUGCUGCCGGAAAAACAACUAUCUUGUACAAAUUGAAGCUUGGUGAAAUUGUGACCACCAUUCCAACCAUUGGUUUCAAUGUGGAGACUGUAGAAUAUAAAAAUAUCAGCUUCACUGUGUGGGAUGUGGGUGGCCAGGACAAGAUCAGACCCCUCUGGAGACAUUACUUCCAGAACACACAGGGCCUCAUCUUUGUGGUGGACAGCAAUGACAGAGAGAGAGUGGCAGAGUCUGCAGAGGAGCUCACAAAGAUGCUGAAUGAGGAUGAGUUGAAAGAUGCUGUGUUGCUGGUGUUUGCUAACAAACAGGACCUUCCCAAUGCCUUAACAGUCAACGAACUCACAGACAAACUUGGCCUGCAGACCCUCCGCCACAAAAAUUGGCAAAUUCAGUCUACCUGUGCUACCCAGGGUGCUGGGCUGUACGAGGGACUCGAAUGGCUAUCCAAAGAGUUAACCAAGAACUAAAGAAGGCUCAGACUGAGAGAUGAGGCUCAACUCCACAUGACCGCAGAGAAGGCACAGACAUUCAAUCCAGAAACAUUUGGUCUUUCAGAACCAAUGUUGACCAAAAGGACUAGGCUGGUGGACAAUGUAGAAUUGUCUUUGGGAAAUUUUAAUACCACAUUUUUUUUUCUUAUUAAUAAUAUUAUCUUGUUAUAGUGCUGUUUUUCCUGUCCUUUUUCUUUUUUUUUGUUCCCUAAUCCUUACAUGGCAACAAUUUUCUAAAUACGCAUUCACCUGCGUGGUGAGCUAAAUUGCCGUAAAGGGAAAUUGAAUGGAAACAAUAACGGGAGUGAAGGAAGUGGUUUUUCCCACAUGUUACCUCUGCUUCUGUCUUUGCAGAAUUUGCAGUAAUUGACCACUUUUAUAAUUGAAUGACUUUGUUGGCCAUUAUUGAGCUCAGAGCUGAUACAUAACUGAUAAUAUAACUAUAGCUUUGGUGAGGGACAACUUGUCGUCUCCCUGCGGCUUUUCAUCUCCACAACAUUAUUUGACUGCUGCACAGAACUGACCCUUUGCUCUUCACCUCUGUAUCUCGUUCGUAUUCAUAUCCUUAAAGGCCAGUGACCCGUAGAGGGAGAUGGAUGAGGAAUCCAUCUUUUUCCCAUAGUUGGUUAGGUGUGUGGAUCCCCAUGGCCUCCCAGUAAUUAUCCAAAGGGGAAAUUGUGCCUUCUGGUCCCGUUUACCACAAAUCUGACUAAUCCUGUUUGCAUCUCAUUUUUAGUCUACGAUCACUCAUUUGGUGCUUAAGUGACUGAAUAUUAUAACAAAAGACAUUUUCUUCUGCAGUGUAUGCCGACAUGCAGCAGAGCCACGCUAGUAUAAAUGUAGAUUGCUUCUUUACAACUUAACUAUCAACCAGGAUUUCAUGCCAUUCUAACCUUUUUUUUUUCAGCACCUUGCAUGACUCAGGAUUUGAAUCUAUUUUUAUUUCUGCUGACACUCUUAACAGAAAAUCUUUUUCACCCUAAAAAGGAGGAAGGAAGUGCCUUUCUUGUGUAGACACAUGGCCGAUGUCAGUGUGACACAAAAAAGCAGCACGUUUUUGUUUGUUCCGGUGUGUUGUAGUAUCUGAAGGCAAAUACUGUAAACAAAAGCAUACUUUCCCUGGUAGUUUCUUUUUUGUGUGUACAUUCCAACCUAUGCUUGCAGAUGCUGGAGCUGCCACUCUUAAAAUUAUUCCCGAAAAACAUUUUACAAAAAAAGCUCUUAAUAAAGACAAUGUUAAAACCAA